AUGGCAGAGAAGGAAGAGGAGAAGCCUGGGAGCUCUGUAGACAGUAUGAAUUCUUCACGGAACAAGAGAAGGCCUACCACAAGAGCUAAGAACACUGGACAAAAAGAGUCUGAGGCAUCAUCCGAAAGUGAAAAUGAAGACGUUACUUCAGACAAUCCAUCUGACAGUAAAACAGGGUGCACGUCUAAAGGCACUUUGGUGAUAAGACCAUCUGGGAAUGAGAAUAAAGGUGCCAUGAAGCUCAGAGUGGAUUUCAAGCAGAAGAAAACAGAUGACACCCUGCAGAAGAAGGUGAGCUGCACUGCUUGUGGAAAACAAGUAAUCCAGUUCCAGCGCAACUCUGUGUAUGAGCAUCCAGUGCUCAAAGUACUCAUUUGCAAGUCUUGCUACAAAUACUAUACAAGUGAUGACAUCAGCAGAGAUUCUGAUGGGAUGGAUGAGCAAUGCAGGUGGUGUGCCGAAGGUGGGAAGCUAAUCUGUUGCGACUACUGCAGCAAUGCCUUCUGCAAGAAGUGCAUCCUGCGUAACUUGGGCAGGAAGGAGCUGUCGACCAUCAUAGAUGAGAACUCCAAGUGGCACUGCUAUGUGUGCCGCUCGGAGCCCCUUCAGGAUCUGGUGUCCAAAUGCCACAGCGUCAUGGAGAAACAGGAAAGCGUGGAACUCAAACAACGCAAAGCAGAAAAAGCAGACGUACGGGAAAACAAGACAGACAAGAGCAAAGCAGCCAAAGAGCACAAAUCAGUUUCCAAUGGAAAAGAACACACUGAGGGCUCGGGUAGCAUGACAUUCUCUUACAAAAAAAUACAAGUACCCAAAGAACUUAUCAAGAAAGCUAAAAAACUGGUAGAAACUACAACUGGUUUGAACAAUACGUUCAUCCAGUUCAUCCAGCAGCCCGUCGAAGACCAGGAAGGGACGUCCAUCAGAUACAGGCAUUUGAAAGCCUUCAAGGCUGUGCUGUCAGAUCUGCAAAAAGCCCACAAUGCUUUGGAGGAGGCUUUGGAGCCUGAGUUCAGAAACAUGGAGCUGCAGAAUGGCAAUAAAGGGAAACGUGUUGAGAAAAACAGCACUAAUGUCGUGGAGCCAGCAGAAAACAAUCAUCCAAUGGAUAUUGCUUCAGAUUCAGUGCAAGAGAAUGAUGCAGCUCCAGCAUUGGACGAAGAGCAGCAAAACAAAGCACGUGUGGUUUAUGAAGCCGAGACAGCUGAAGAGGUGGACAAAGAGCUCCAGGAUGAAGUGGAAUCAGUUAGUGGAGCUAAGACAGCUGAGGACAUGGACAAAGAGCUCCAGGAUGAGGUGGAAUCAGUUUGUGGAGCUAAAACAGCUGAGGACAUGGAGAAAGAGCUCCCGGAUGAAGCUGAAUCAGUGUCUGGGGCUGAGACAGCUGAGGAGAUGGACAAAGAGCUGCAGGAUGAAGCAGAAUCCAUGUCUGGGGCUGAGACAUUUGAAGAAAUUGACAAAGAGCUGCAGGAUGAAGCUGAAUCAGUGUCUGGGGCCGAGACAGCCGAAGAGAUGGACAAAGAGCUGCAGGAUGAGGCAGAAUCUGUGUCUGGGGCUGAGACAGCUGAAGAGAUGGACAAAGAGCUGCAGGAUGAAGCAGACUCGGUGUCCGGGGCUGAGAAGGAUGAGGAAGAUCUGCAGAAAAAAGCUCAGUUGGUUCGUCAACCUGAGACUAAUGAGGAGAUGGACAAAGAGACCCACAAAGUUGCCGUUUCGGGUUGUGAAGCAGAACUGACUGAAGACGUGAACAAUCAGGACCCUACUGAGCAGGACAUGGACCACAAUGAGUCCAAUGAGGCCGAAGUGACAGACCACCAAACAGGAACUGAAGAAACCAAAAAGUUAAUCAAAACUGAGCCCUGUGAUGAUGGGCCAUUGUCAGCUGGGGAGAUGUCCUUAGAUCAUGACAUCAUGUCUGUGCCUCCUUCCGUUCCUGAGGAGCUUUUUCAGAUGGUGGAGAGCCUGGCAGAUUCCUCCAUGCUCUCACAGACAGAGACCAACUCGGUUACAGACACGGACACCAAGUCAAAUGGACCCCCACAACAGUCUCGGCGGCCCCAGCCUAAAGUGAAGAACCUGAUUGUCAAAUUGACCCCUGUGCCCGUUGUGACAACCUGUGGGUCAAGGUCCUCCAAGUCCCACAAAAGAGAAAAGGGUGCAGAGCGCCAGAAGAACUGUAAAGAAGGUAGUGAGGACGAGAACAAGCCUGUGGACAGGACUGAGAGCCCACCACCCACCCGCCGCUCUAGUAGAGUGAAGACCACUCCUUUGAGAAAGCAGGUGGAGAAUAAGAGCAAGAAGGAGACCUCUGAGUCCGAGUCAGAGGCAGACAGCAAGGACAAGGCCAAAUCCUCCAAAAAAUCCACCAACUCCAAAAAAGAGGGCGGGAAAAAGAGCAAGACAGCAGUGAAAGCAGAAGAAGAGUCUGACUCGGAUGAGGUUCCUCACAUAUUGCUAGAGAAAGCCGCUGCGGGCAACAGCACAGAUGAGGAAGAGGAAAGCACAAAAGCCAAGAAGCGUUUAUUCAAAUCAAAGGCCUCCACACAGGAUACCGUUAAAUCAUCCAAACGCAAGAGGAAGUCUGAAAGCUCCGAUUCAGACACAGUGAAUAAAAGCCAGAAGGCGUCAAAGAAGAAGAAGAAUCGAAACAACUCAGACUCGUCUGACUCAGACUCUGAUCAGGAGAAGGAAACAAAGAGUAAAGUGGGCACAGCAAAGAGGAGAUCUAGCCGUGUAAAGAAACAAGACGCCGCAAAAGAGGAAGAAAAAAGCUCUCCUGAACGGAAGACAACCAAUCAGAGGCGGUCUUAUGAAAAGAAGCGGAAGGGAAAGAGCCCAAAAGCAGCCUCCAAACUGCACUCAUCUUCCAGCGAGGAGGAGGAGGAGGAGGAGGAGGGGGGGGAGCAGGCUGAAGGCGACUCCGGAGAGGACAGUGACGAGCAAAAGAUCAAACCCAUUGUGGAGGAUAAUGUUGUGGGAGGCAGUGGGGCAUUCCAUCAAUCCUCAGGAGAUGAAGUAGACUCUAAAGAUGGCGGCGUUCGGGACUGUGACGACGACGAUGAUCCUGAAAACAGGAUUGCUAAGAAAAUGCUUCUUGCCCAAAUAAAAUCCAAUUACUCUUCAGGAGCAGAGAGCUCCUCUGAUGACGAAGAAGUAGCCAAGGAAGAGAAGUCUUCCAAAAAGUCUAAAAAUGAAAAACAGGAGGAGGAGGAGGAUGAAGAGGAGCAAGAACAAGAAGAUUCUGAAAACUCCGGAUCAGAUGUUGAAGUGAAGAAGAGUGGCAGACGCCACAAAUUGCUGCGUCAUAAGCUCUCUCUCAGCGAGGGGGAGUCAGGAGAGGAGAAAGUGGUUAAGGAAAAGAAGAACAAGGGGAGCAAGAAGAAGUCUGGGAAAAAAGGCAGCGAUGACUCUGCCGACUCUGACUUUUCAAAGUCAGAGACCUCUUCAGAGUCAGAGAUGAGCGAGGAGGUCAGCCAGUCAGAAGACGAUAAGCGUAGAAAGACCAGAUCCUCUAGGAAGAAGGACGAUGAGAAACAGAGAAGCUACAAGCAGCAGAAAAAGAAGAGACGCAGGAUUAAAGUUCAGGAUUCUUCCUCCAGCAAUGAGAAGAGUGGAGAGGAAGAUGGUGAUGACCCAGAUGGAGAAGGCCGCAAAGCCCGGAAAAAGAUCCGCAAAAUCCUGAAAGAUGACAAACUGAGAACGGAGACGAGGGAUGCUCUGAAAGAGGAGGAGGAGAGGAGGAGACGCAUCGCUGAAAGAGAGGCACUCAGGGAGAAGCUCCGAGAGGUGAUUGUUGUGGAUGAAGCCUCGCCGGUGGUCUGUCCCAUCACAACCAAGCUUGUACUGGAUGAGGACGAAGAGACGAAAGAGCCCAUGGUGCAGGUGCACAGGAACCUCGUCACAAAGCUUAAACCUCACCAGGUUGAUGGGGUGCAGUUUAUGUGGGACUGCUGCUGUGAAUCUGUGAAGAAGAUUGAGAAAUCUUCUGGCUCAGGCUGCAUCCUGGCCCAUUGUAUGGGUCUUGGAAAAACUCUGCAGGUGGUGACAUUCCUUCAUACUUUGCUACUUUGUGAGAAGCUUAAUUUUGCUACUGCGCUGGUGGUUUGUCCCCUGAACACGGUCCUCAACUGGCUUAAUGAAUUUGAAAAGUGGCAAGAAGGGCUGGAAGAUGAUGAGAGUUUGGAGGUGACUGAACUAGCUACAGUGAAGCGGCCUCAGGAUAGGGCGUAUGCCCUCCAGAGAUGGGAAGAGUCAGGCGGUGUGAUGAUCAUCGGCUAUGAGAUGUACCGAAAUCUGACACAGGGCAGAAACAUCAAGAGCAAGAAGCUCAAAGAGAUCUUUCAGAAGACCCUUGUUGAUCCAGGUCCAGACAUGGUGAUCUGUGACGAAGGUCAUAUCCUGAAGAAUGAAGCUUCUGCUGUAUCCAGGGCGAUGAACUCCAUCAGGACAAAGAGGAGGAUUGUGCUGACUGGGACACCUCUCCAAAACAACCUUAUUGAAUACCACUGCAUGGUGAACUUCAUCAAGGAAAACCUGCUUGGUUCAGUUAAGGAGUUCAGGAACCGCUUCAUUAACCCCAUUCAGAAUGGCCAGUGUGCUGACUCCACUCCGCAUGAUGUCCGAAUCAUGAAGAAGAGGGCUCACAUUCUCUAUGAGAUGCUGGCUGGCUGUGUCCAGAGGAAAGAUUACACGGCCCUCACAAAGUUUUUGCCUCCCAAACAUGAAUAUGUGCUGUCGAUCCGAGUGACGCCACUCCAGUGUAAACUCUACAGACACUACCUGGAGCAUUUCACAGGUGUGGGGAAUGCUUUGGAAGGGGGCCGGGGCCGCGCUGGAACUAAACUCUUCCAGGAUUUCCAGAUGCUCAGCAGAAUCUGGACCCAUCCCUGGUGCCUUCAGCUGGACUACAUCAGCAAAGAAAACAGGGGUUACUUUGAUGAAGACAGUAUGGAUGAAUUCAUCGCUUCAGAAACCGAUGAAUCCUCCAUGAGUCUUACCUCUGAGGAUGAGAAGUCAAAAAAGAAAAAGAAGCAAGCAAAAGGUAAAAAGAAGGGAUCCGAUGACUCAGACAGCGAUGAUGUAGAGGUCAUCAAAGAAUGGAACACCAGCUCUCGUGGAAGGAAUGGAGAAGGUCGAAACAGAGCAGAGCCUGUUGAAGAAGCUAAGCCUGCUGGCUCAGCACCAUCAAGUCCCUGCUCUGCCGACUGGCACAAAGAGUUUGUGACCGAGGCGGAUUCUGAGAUCCUGGAACACUCGGGAAAGAUCACGCUCCUCUUUGAAAUCCUGCGCAUGGCAGAGGAAGUGGAUGAGAAAGUGUUGGUGUUCAGUCAGUCCCUGAUUUCCUUGGACCUGAUUGAGGAUUUCUUGGAGCUGUCUUGCAGAGCAAAAGAUGAAGACAAAAUCUCUCCUUACAAAGGUGAAGGCAAAUGGUUUAGGAACAUCGACUAUUAUCGCUUAGAUGGAUCCACCAACGCAACCACCAGGAAGAAGUGGGCGGAGGAGUUUAACGACAGCAGUAACACGAGAGGGCGCUUGUUUCUCAUAUCAACCCGAGCUGGUUCCCUCGGCAUCAACUUGGUCGCAGCCAACAGGGUCAUCAUCUUCGACGCCUCCUGGAACCCCUCGUACGAUAUCCAGAGUAUCUUCAGAGUGUACCGCUUUGGACAGAUCAAACCUGUGUAUGUCUACAGGUUCCUCGCUCAGGGCACAAUGGAAGAGAAGAUUUAUGAGCGACAGGUCACCAAGCAGUCUUUGUCAUACCGGGUCGUGGACCAGCAGCAGAUCGAGAGGCACUUUACUAUGAACGAGCUGGCCGAACUCUACACGUUUGACCCAGAUUUGCUGGACGAUCCCUCAGAGAAGAAGAGCAAGAGAGCCACACCCAUGCUUCCCAAAGAUCCUUUCCUAGCUGAGAUGCUGCAGAACAGCAAGGACCAUAUUGUUCGAUACCAUGAGCACGACUCGCUGUUGGACCACAAAGAGGAGGAAGCCCUCAGCGAGGAGGAUCGCAAAGCCGCAUGGGCCGAGUACGAAGCAGAGAAAAAGGGUCUGACCAUGAGGAACAACUACCAGACGGCAUUUAACCAACCAGACAUGGGCACCUCCAGCUACUUCUCAUACAACAUGGCAGCUCUGGCGUCCAUGAGCAACCAGCAGCUGGAGGACCUCAUAAACCAGGGCCGGCAGAAAGUAAUUGAGGCAACAAAUGCUUUGAAAGCUUUAUCUCGGGAGACACUGGAGGAUACAAUCGCCAGAGUGUGGAAGGAAAAUUCUUCUCUCACCGAGAGCCAGGUCCGGGGUUUGGCUCUGAGUCACCAAAACACGGUGGAGAUGGAGAUGAAACGACGGGAAGCCAUUUACAGGGAUGUUCUGACCCGGCAGCAAACGCUGAUGAUGUUCGUGCAAAAGCUGAUCACAAACAGGAAGGUGCAGGAGCAGCAGAUGGCCCUGGCCAACCAGGCCACCUACCUGAACCAGCUGGCCAUGCAGAACGGCAUGAUGGGAGGCGGCGGCCUCUCCCAGAUGGACCUGCUCGGCAUUUACCAGCAGCUCCACGGCAUGAACACGCAUCAAAACAUGGGCAAGAACCCCGGCCCCUCAAAGGGCCUGUAGGUCAGAGCGACUGUGGUUUGGUCCCCGGCUCUGCUCUCCUGGCUGCCAGUGGCCUCGCUUCUCCGUAAUAAACGCACUGAGACCCCUCAGAGCUCCACACCGGCCUGCGCACCAAGGCCACGGUGUGGUAGUUUUGAGACGAGGCUCCUGUCCAAUGGGGCCUCAGUUUAGAUGAACUGCCAGGGGUGUACUCUGUGAUCACUAAGAGGCAGUGGACUAAAAUGUAUAAAUGAGUGUGUGAAAGGUCUGUUCAGAAUUACAGCAGAAAAAAAUGUAAAUAACGCCUUAAUGUUAUUCGAGUUCUAUAUCUUCAUUUUUCCUGUAUUUAAAGACAAACAGGUUAUACCCUCAAUGCUUUCGAGCAUUGUAUUGUUUUCCCCUUCAAAAAGGGUUUCCUUAUUAUUUAAACUCAGUUUUUAUACUCUUUUAAAUGCCUAAAAACAUUUGAGUGGGACCAGAAUCAUUGGUGACAGGGGUCAAAGGUGUAACGCUGUUCAUCGCUAUUAGCUUCACAAGAUUCCCUCACGAUUAACCCAGCAAACAGACAGCCCAUGGUGCUGCCCAGUCCUGCUCACGUCAGGAGGAAGAACAAUCUGAUCAGUAAAGAAAAACAACAAAACACAUGGGGAAAAAAGUCAAAUAAUUGCCUUAUAUUGAUUUCCUUUUAAAAAAAAAAUCUGUAAAGAUUUGAGAUUUGUUCAGAAUCUUUUCUAUUCUACUUUUAAGUGUUUACAUUAGUUGUUGCUGAACAUGGUAUUGGAAUGCUUGUGUUGUUCAAACUGCCUGCCGGUUUCCCUAGACCUUUUUGGAACACCAUUCUCAUUGUUACGUGUCGUCUAGCAUAGCACUGUGCGUUCCCGUUCAUUGUUUUUGUUCCACUUGUGUUGAUCCCCAGCCUGGGCGAGCCACCGGCUCUCACAAAGCACGGCCAGCCUCAGCCGGGCGUCGCAGGGACACCCGGCCGAACCCAUCUCUGGGUACGUCUCACAUAGUUUGAAAUAUCAGCUUCAAGAUGGAGCUGACGGGAAGAAUGAGCGACUGGAUUUGUUAUUAUCCACGGCUGAUUCUGUGCGGUGCUUUGUGAGUAAUGCUCUCCUGGACUCUGCAGUCUCACCAGGCAGGCCCCCAGACUACUUGUAUUCUACUUUGGCACAUUUUUUGCUUCUAAACGCUUAAACUGGUGUAGCUGUUAAACGAGAGGAGUGCGGACAUUUCUCACAAAGAGACGCCUGUUGAUUCCUGUGUUUGCACAAGGUGUAUUUCAUAAAUGUAGACAGUUUCUUUGCCCUCCUCUAAGAAUGUUCUUACUUUAGCAAAAAACACCAACAUGUUUCGCCAUGACUGAUCUGCUACUAUCUUGAUAAGUAUUUAAUAUAACAUUUAAUAAAGUGACCAAAAGAAUCAACAA